AUGGCGUUUAUUAAAGAGGAGAGUGAAGAUGUGAAGAUUGAACAAACAUUCAGAGUCAAACAUGAAGAUCUGCAGGAACAAACAGACCUGAUGGUGCUGAAAGAAGAAACUCGUCAACGGAAUGAAACGGAAGAGAAACAGCAAGACAUAACGACUGAUGAAAAACCCACACUGACUACAAAUACUUCACAUGGAAGACAUCUGAAAUCCAAAUCUGAGUGUAAUUUCAGCUGUAAACAGAGUAGAAAGAGUUUCAGUCAAAAGCCAAACCUUGAUGUUCACAUGAGAGUUCACACUAGGGAGAACCCUUACAGCUGCGAACAGUGUGGAAAGAGUUUUCCUAAAAUCCAUGGCUUUAAAGCCCACAUGAGAAUUCACACUGGAGAGAGGCCGUACACAUGCCAACAGUGUGGAAAAAGCUUCUGUCAUGCAAGAAACUUGGCAGUGCACAGGAGAAUUCACACUGGGGAGAAGCCUUACUCUUGCCCUCAGUGUGGAAAGAGUUUUAAUCAAAAUAACAACCUUGAAGUCCACAUGAGAACACACAAUGAACAAAGAAUAUUUACUUGCACACAGUGUGGGAAAAGUUUUGCUAAAAAAAAAACUUUCCUAAAUAAAACCACACUUAAUAAACACAUGAGGAUUCACACUGGAGAGAAACCUUACAGAUGCACAGAGUGUGGUAAAGGUUUCAGAUGUAAAAGCACACUCAAUCACCACAAGAGAACUCACACCGGAGAGAAGCUGUUUGCAUGUGCUGAGUGUGGAAAGAGCUUCACAACCAAACCUAGCCUCAUAAAUCACAUGAAUGGUCACACUGGAACCCUAGUGUUCACAUGUGAUCAGUGUGGAAAGAGUCUCAAACGCAAAGAUGCCAUUAAGCGACACAUGAAGACUCACUCAGUAGAGCGUUUUAGAUGCAGUGAGUGUGGAAAGGACUUUAAACAUAAAAGAAGCCUCAGCACUCACAUGAAGAUUCACAAUGGAGAGCAGAGUCCUCAACAUUUAGGCCUUGUCCACACAAACACAGGUAUAUUCAAAACGGAACCUUUUUCAUGUAGUUUGGCUGUUCAUUCACAUGAAGUUCAUUUAUAAACUACUUUUGAGAGGAUCACAUGCUUAUGAUUGUCCACGGCUGGUCCUGCAUUAGCUAACACAUGAUUCACCAAUCAGAUGAAUCCUGACUCACUAUAAAUAACCAGAGUGUCUUACUUCAGUUAUCUUCAUCUUGAAGAAUCCCUCUCCCACCCCUACCCUUCCUCCUUUCUAGAUUGGUGCCAAAUUGGUUGCCCAUAGUCGAGCUCUUAGAAGCCAUAUAUCUUCCUUUAGCCAUCUCUAUAUCUGUCAUUAGAACAGAAACAAGUCUGGGGGUUUCAUCAAGAUCUACCAGAGCUCAAACUUCCCUCUCUCCCUGCUAACGGAAGGAAGUCCAGGGCUUGAGGAUCUUAUGAGCUUAGGGCUCUCUCCCGGGACAGCAUACCAAACAAGUGUGAACUCUUGAAUACAUAUCAAGUUACUGGAAAUGAAACCCUUUGAACACCUGAAGAUGUAAACUCAAUAACUGAAGAGGGGUGAAGAUUUUGACAACUGUUUUGUACUGUAGAUCAGGGCUCACAGCCCAGUACCGGGUUGUGAGAGUUGCUACCGGGCUUCAAGAAUGCAAAAUAACUCUAUAUGUUGACAGACUGUGUGGCUUGUUUCACAUGCAAACACCUACAGGAACUCAAGAAUUGUGACCCAACCAAAGCAGUUGGGUAAUCUCUUACUUGAAGAUCACUGAUGAGAAACUGCACUAUUGUCUUCAAUAAAGUUUUCUCCCCAUAAGAA